CAGAACCUACCAGCUCUACCACUGCACCACUGUGCAGCCCUUGCCAUCAGUUUUAUUGCUACUAUUUAAUGAAGUUAAAGUUGUUACUGCAUUUUGGUUUAUUGAUAUAAAAAGAGUCGACGUUAAAAAUGAUGUUUGCUCAUAAUCAAUAAUCAGUGAUAGAUGCAGAAAAUGUUAAUGAAGAAAGAAAGAAUGUUGUAACCAAGGUCAUUACUGGAUGAUGCCAGAAUAUGUUCACGCUUCUCUUUUACUGAGUUUAUUAAAGUCAAACUCACAGAAACGUUCAGUUAAAAACGACCCGGAAAUCCAAAAAAAACGUCUUUUUUAAACAAGAUGGCCGACCACAGCGAUCCACGCAAAUUAUCGAGAAGUUAAGUGGAAGGAAGAAGUGUGCUGGAACCAGAGAUAAAGUCCUUGAGAAGGGUUAGGACGUGAUCUUUUCUGAUGUAGGGUUUUUACUUUUUAAUAACAAGCAGGACAGAGAAAACAAACAUACCCAAGAACAAAAUAAUUAGUUUAUUUCUGUUUAAAAAGGAGAAGGAAGAAGUGAACACUUAUUCAUCCUCCCUUAUGAUAAAAUACAUCGCCUCAAUAAUUACCCAAAACUUGUAAUUAACACCAUGUCAUAAUAAUCACGUGUCUGUUCAAUAAAAGAGCCAACAAAUAAAUUAUAUUACAUAGAAAAAUGGUUUCAAACUGACUCAUAACGAGACAAGAAAAUCUACGGAUCAAAAUAACAGAAUUAACGAAAAACAACCAGAAUAAUUAGCAACUCGUUACCAUUUUAAACCUAAAGUUUAAUUAACCUCUGCUGUGUUAAACUUCCUGACAUCAACAGUUUCCAGGAGGAGACGAAGGUUUGGCUCUGCAGCAACAAACAAACAAACAAACAAACAAACAAACAAACAAACAAACAAACAAAUUCUAUUGUCUUUUCCAUAAAGCACCUCAGUGUUUCCCUUUUCAACCGUCGGCACGGAGGGAGGGAGAUUUACCCUCCACACACACACACACACACACACACACACACACACACUGGAUGGAUUUUCAUAUGAGACUGCGCACAUUAUGUCACUGGUCAAAGUUAAACCGGCACUUGAUCUGCUGCCUCUGCUGCCGCCGGUUUGAACGCUGGGAGAACGUCAGCAGCCAGAGCCUCUCUGUGGAUUAUAAUCUCAGCUCAAAGGAAGUUCGGAGCGUAAUUUGCCAUUUGUAAUGGAGAACACUGCAUGAUGGGAUCUGCUGGAGGGGAGGAGCCUGGGGUUUGAUCUGAAGCUGAGGGGGCCGAGAGUUGAAAUGGUCAGAGACAGAAAAUGGGUUUGUGUCGUUCCUGUGGAGUCGAGGUGAAGACAUGCAGAACGGCAGCGAGCUGGCAGAGGGACGCUCUGCUUUCUCACCCAAGGAGCCCCAAACGCAACAAGAUUAUGAAGAUUUGACAUCUCUGCUGGGAAGCAAAACACUGUGGCUACAUAUUGAAAGCCAGGAUUAGUCGCCUUUUCAUUUCAUCUCUCUGGCCUGGCCUGGACCAUGAGGCUGGAGCGCGGCCGGCGAGCUUCCCUGGCAAUCACGCUCAACUUGGUGGCUCUGGCUUUCGCCGUGUCAGCGGUGACCACCAGCUACUGGUGCGAGGGGACCAGGAAGGUGGCCAAGCCCUUCUGCUCCGGGCCGCCGGUCAAGAUGAAGCAGAUGUACUGCAUCCGCUUCAACAGCUCCAACCUCAACGACAGCCGGCAGGUGCAGUACAUCUUCGAGACGGGAGAGGAGAAGUUCAUCCUCAGGAAGUUCCACACCGGGAUAUUUUACUCCUGUGAGCAGGCAACAGAUAUGAACGGAUUUGAUUGUCGAAGUUUUGCUGAGAUUGCACCUGAACAUCAAAGAGGUGUGCUGUGGCUGUGUGUGGUAGCAGAGAGCCUGUACCUGGCUCUGCUCUUCGUGGGCGGAGUUCUGAUGAUUCUGGAGCAGAGCCGCUGCUUCAGCGUCAUGAACAAGCUGAAACUCAGUGCCUUCGCCGCCAUGUGCACCGCCCUCUCAGGCCUUUGUGGGAUGGUCGCCCACAUGAUGUUCACCACCAUAUUCCAUCUUUCCGUCUCUAUGGGACCUGAAGACUGGAGGCCCAAGACUUGGGACUACAGCUGGUCUUAUGCCUUAGCCUGGUGCUCGUUCGGCACCUGCAUGGGCUCUGCAGUCACAACCCUGAACAGAUACACCAAGACCAUCAUAGAGUUUAAAUACAAGCGGCACAACAUCGAGAAGAACCUGCUGGUCAAGCAGAAGAUGAUGGAGCUGGGUCUGCCAGAGCAGGUGUGGAACAUGUACCUGACUGCAGCUCCGGCGGACCUGCAGGUUCUGCCAGAACCGCUGGUAAACGGCCACAAGCCUUCCACCGGAGCGCCGUACGUGUUUGAGGAGGUGGAGCAUCCACCGGAGCAGCAGGUGGAGGCGUACUGCUGAAGGAGGAGGACAUUUACUCUUCCUGCUUCACAUCCGACCUGCAGAGUUAAAAACACGUUUAGCUUCUGUAUCCAAGGCAACAGGGUUCUGCUUCUACC